GUGCCGCUGUCCGUCGCGUGGCUGGAGCAGCUCGCCUUCAGCUUCUCGGCGCAAAAAGUCAAGCGAGACGUGCGCUACGUCCUGUCGGCCGAGCACCUGCCCUCGGGACGGCGCUGGGCCGUCGUGUACUCCUUCGACGACUGCCGCACGUUCCAGCGCCGCCUGGCGCGCGCGCUCAGCGUGGGUCACCGCUGCGACGCGCCGUGCCCGUGGCUCUACAGCUUCGUGACCAGCUACUUCCCCAAGCCGCGGCUGUUCCACUCGGCCACGUCCGACCGCCUCGUCCAGAAGCGCUGCGAGGCGCUCGUGGCCUACGUCAAGACACUGCAGAGCUCGCUGUUAAGUAGGGCCAGCCACUCAUGUCGUGUGCUCACAGACGCCGUGGCGGACGCGCUGCUGGACUUUGUCUGCGGCGGC